GUCAUCUCAGCGCCUUGGGAGGCCUCGCCCCGGUCGGAGCCCAGUGGGGGAGGGGCGCUGCCCGCGCGCCCGCCCCGGCGCCUGUCUGACGUCCCGCACGUCAGCGUCCGCGGAGGAGCGCGGGGAGCCAGGCGGGCCGCAGGCGGGGUGUGAAGAAAGAAAAAUGACACUCCAGUGGGCAGCAGUUGCAACCUUUCUUUAUGCUGAAAUAGGACUCAUUUUACUCUUCUGUCUCCCUUUUAUUCCUCCUCAGAGAUGGCAGAAGAUUUUUUCAUUUAAUGUGUGGGGUAAAAUUGCAAGUUUCUGGAACAAGGCUUUUCUUACUAUUAUAGUCCUACUGAUUGUUCUAUUUCUAGAUGCUGUAAGAGAAGUGAGGAAAUAUUCCUCUACUCCUAUCAUUGAAAAGAGUUCAGCCAGCAAACCUGGUUCCUUUGAUCAUAUUCAGAUGAAACUUUUUAGGUCUCAAAGAAAUCUUUACAUUUCUGGAUUCUCCUUAUUUUUUUGGCUAGUACUGAGACGUCUGGUUACUCUCAUUACUCAGUUGGCAAAAGAACUAUCAAACAAAGGAGUACUUAAAACUCAAGCAGAAAAUACCAACGAAGCUGCCAAAAAAUUCAUGGAAGAAAAUGAAAGACUUAAACGGAUUUUGAAAAAUGGUAACAAGGAAGAUGAGAACAUUCUAGAAGCAGAAAAUAAAAAACUAGUAGAAGACCAGAAGAAGUUGAGAAAUGAAUUAAAGAAGACUUCAGAUGCCCUCUCUAAGGCUCAAAAUGAUGUGGUGGCAAUGAAGAUACAAUCAGAGAGACUUUCAAAAGAAUAUGACAGACUCCUAAAAGAAAAUUUGGAACUCCAGGAUUAUUCAAGAAAAGUUAGUAAGAAAGGCCUGUGAACUUUAUGAAAGAAGAUCGUGAAUAGACCAUUGUCAAGAUGAUAACUGUAUUAUCAUGUUAGCCUCUAGAAAUUUUUUGACUCAGUUAAGAAAAAUUUACUGUAAUCAGCCAGUAAUUUUAAAUGUUAUGUAGGCUGUAUCAAUGACAUUAUUAACUGUAUGUGAUUUUUCAGAUAUACAAUCUGUAUUCCAACUCUUAAGAAAAAGAUAAGCAUGUUAAACACCAUAUUUACAUCUUGAUGAUAAUAUAUAUAGUGGCUAUGUGUGGAUAAAAAGAAUUCACUAGCCAGUUACUUCCAAAAUUAAAUUUUAAUUGUACAAAAACCUUAAUUAGCCUUAAAAGCAUUGAUGGAUUUUCAGUAAUAACAAUAUCCUCUUUAAUCAGAUGGUAAAUUUGAAAAUAGUAUGUAAUGUCAGCAAAUAUGUUCAUAGACAAAAGCAAAUGUGGAUGGGUAAUCAUUAUUAGCUAUUAUAUUUAUAGGUAGGGGCCAGACUGAACAAUGACUUUUGUCUUUUCUAUGGUUUAUGCUAGUAAAACAGCUAUGUUGAUACUUGCAUUUUGGUGCUUUGCUCCCUGCACCAGUUACACUGUCUUUGUUGGCAUUUGUGUUAAUUAGUAAGCAUCCUGCCUUUUCAAUUUCACCUGGAAAAUGAGUUUACAUAUAUUUACAUAAUUGCCAUAGCACUGCAUUGAAGUAUAUUUUACACCUAUGUGGAAUUCUUAAUUUAUAAUCCCAAAAAAGCAGUUUCCUCAUUGCUGUGAGUUGAUAAUUAUACAGAUAUUACCUCAAAUGUGCAUAUACUAGUGUUACAAUUCUCCAAGAUGUUUCUGUAUUCUGAAAGCUAAAUAUUAAAAAAUAUUUUUCCAUUGAGACAUUCAUUUAGUUUCAUUUAUAAAUGAGAAUCAUAUUAGUAUGAUUUGUUUUAACAGUACUAGUACUUAGACAUGAAUUUUUUUUCUGGUUUUAUAAAAGCCUAAAUAUAUGAGAAAUAAUUAUUAGAAUUUUUACUUUUGUGAUUUGUGUUUCAUCUUUUGUUGUUUUCAUUUUAGCACCAAUUUCACUCUUUUUUUCUAUUGUAAAGUGGCUGGAAUGAGCAAGAAUACAAGAAUUUCAUUUCAGAUAAAAGUCAGGAGUUAUGUGCUAGAAAACUGACAUGUAGGAGACAUUUAACAGGAGUAAGGAAUGGGAGUUAGACCAUAUGGGCUGACAAUAGCCUAAAUAACAAGGAAAGGGAGUGCUGACAGGGAGAGAAGUGAACAAAUGACAGUUCAAAGUAUCAACUGAGAAAUAUCAGAGUGAAUGCUACAUGGGUAAAUAAAUAGAUAUUAAGCAUCUGUUAUUCUGGCCUACUGUGUAUAAAUUGAUUCUAAUGAUAGGAUAGCAUAUAGAAAAGUGAAAUGUAGCAUUUUAUAAUUGGCAAAACUAAAAUCUACUGCCAUCUUUACCACUAAUAUAACUAUAUAAUUUUCAACAUAGUAUUCAAACUUAAAGGCUUGCUUAGAAGUUUGAACACAUGGAUAGUUACACACAGAGCCAGAAAAAUUUAAUUAUUUUAAUGUCUCAGAUAUUACCUGAACCUUAAUAUAUUGGUGGUAGAGCACAGGACUUGCAUGCAUGAGGCCUUGGGUUCAAUCCUAGCAUUGCAUAUGAGAGAACAAACUGCUCUAGCAUUUCUCUCUCUCCCACAAAACAAACAAAAAUCACUGAAGACUGGUGCUCUGGUCUUUCCUAUGAAACAAAUCUUGUUUUAAAAACUAGUAUAUAAAUAGAUGUAACUGUUACUUGCUAAACAAAAUAUUGCCUUCUAUCAGGAUUUGAACCCAGGGCUUUAGUUCCAGUGCCUGUUUACUUUAUGACUGUAGCAAACUGCCCAUUGGCAUGCUUGUUAAUUCUUUUGAAUUGUUGUGAUUUCUUUAAUUAAGAUUUACAGAAUUGCUGAUUUACAGAAUUGUUAUUACAAGGAGUGCUUGUUAAUUCUUUUUUACUCUCCUCACCAUGAUUUAUUUUUUAACAAAUAUAAUUGUUAAAAAUAAAGAUGUAUGCCAUGGGUUUACUUAUACUGCUUAUUAAAUAUUGUUACUGCUCUGAUAUAA